AUGAGUAUACAGCAACUUGGAAAGAUCUUGGGUAUAAUUGGAGCCAUCUUUCUUGCUCAUUCUGCCUAUUCAACAUAUGAACAUUUGGCUUACGUGAAAGCAGUAGAUGAAGAAGAUGCGUCAGUUCCUAUUGAAAUAGCAGUCGAAUGCUUAGUAUCGUCGUUUGUUGCACUUUUAGGUGUAAUUUUAUCAGCAGAUUCCUUUAAACACAUUGAUAUGACAGACGAAAUACAGAAAAUGUAA